GACAAUCGCUGUAUUAUAGAAGUUUAUGAGUGACUGAAAUAAGUAGCAGAGAUGUCAGCAGCCACACAAUUUUCGCAUUUUUCAAAGGCAAAAAAAGUAUUUAAAUCGUGCAAAUUCUUAAUGAAUUAUAGUUUCUGAACAAUUUUUGAAUAUUGAGUGAAAGAUUUGAUAGGUUUUUGUAAAAAGAACUAUUCGAUUACACAGUGAAAACUACCAGUGAAAUUGGUGUGGUCGAAGAUUUUACGUAGUUAACCGAGGAAGAGUUCGUGCGUAUGCGUAAGCAAAAAAGGGAGAAAGGAUAACAUUUCACAGGUGGCAACACUAACAUAAACGAAACGCUUUCAGCAGAGGGGUUGAGUAUAUUUAACAGCUCAGCAGGUUGAGAACUGACCGAAUGAUUGCCUGUGUCUAUCCGUGUCUGGGUUUCCCAACAUCAUCUGCAAGUGCCCAGUCGUGCAUAGUCCCAGAAAUAAUUAUGUUCUUUUCUUAAAUAGUGCGGCAGAAAAUAUCUUUGAGCAUUCUUCAAGUGACAGCAGUGUGUCGUAUAUCAAAACUAUAAAAAGAAACAAACAUAGCAUACAUACAAUGGAUGUAGGAGAAAUAAUUCAAACAGCUGAUGGACCUCCACAAACAAUAAGUUCAGAAUUAAUAAAAAAUUCUACUGAAUCAACAAGCAAUAUUCCUCCAAGUUGUGGCCAAAUUGGGGAAAGUGAAACAACUUCUGGAUCAGCUAUACCAUUAAAUAAUAGCAAAACUCUAAAACGUUGUUUGAGUGUACCAAUUUUACGCGCUGGUCCUUCAUUCACAUCAAUGACCACUCGAGCUGCUGCUGCAGCUAUGGCGAUGCGUGGAGUUGGAAAUACAGCUAAUUCUGUGGGUGGAAGCAAUCCAAAAGAGGCACUAUCAACACCAACAAAACAUCAAACAUUUAACAAGCGUGAGCCCGUUGUUGAUGUAUCAACUGUAAACAACUUUGGACAUAAUAUACACAUUGGAAUACCACGUUCAAAUCCUUCCUCCAGGGAAGUUUCGCCGGCGCCAGUGUUCAACAUAUUUGCACCACGUGCCCGUCGUUACUCGGCCAGUUACACACCUCAUGGAGCAGCUGGCGUAGCAGGCAACUCAAAUGCAGCAAGUGGAUUGCCGCUUUGUCUCACUCCACGUGUCUCCCAGUUGAGACAAGAGGAAUGUGUCGACAUGUUGAAUACGCGCGAAGCAAAUCAUGAACGUGAACUACAUAGUGCCAUGCAAAUGUCCCAAAGUUGGGAGGACUUAACUCUGGUUGCUGAAAAUUGGUCUUGUAAAUCAGAGGACUUAAGUAAUCCACUCCAGGUUUCCUUACCAUCUGGGGUCACAAGUUGUUCGAGUCCAAGCCCCACAAAUAAUCGAGCUGGAAUGCGGCUCCCAUAUGGCUUGUCACCAUCACCAACAAGACGCACUUUCGCUACUAGGCGAUCAAUGUCACCCAUAGCUAUGCGGCCAUCGCAAUUAGGGCCUGUUAAGCGCAAGUUUGAGUUGGAUGAAGGUAGUACAGGAAGUAAUUGGAAUGUGUACUCCCAACCACCAUUGAAGAAAAUAUUUACGGAGAGUCGUGGUUCUUCACCAGUUUGCCAAUCCCCUUCCUCAAUAUGCCCCAGUCCGGAUUCUGGUACAUACGAUGGGCGAAUAACACCAAAACUAUUCAUAUCCAAGCUGUGCACCAAUAAUACAAACAACAAUUCAGCAUGUUCAUCACCGAGCAGCAGCGUCAGUGGUGGGAUCAUCGACUCAACAACUACCUCAGGGAUAUGCUCCUCUGGCUCUUCAACGGCUUCCUCCAUAUCUGGUGGCAGCGAGCCAAUGUGCAUUGGGAAUGUGGGAAUGGAUGAAGGCAUUUCGGUGGCAGAAAGUAACGAAAAACAUAGAAUUAACAGAAUUUCAACAACCAGUGCUUCCUCUCGAAGCAGCAUUGACACAAAUACAGCUGGUGAAGUGCAAGCAAUGGCCACCGAUAUGCAGGAUGAUGCCACACUAUUGGAUGACAUGAAGAGUGAGACAUCGUCCAUCGGGGGGUGCUCCAGCAUCAGCAUCGAGUCAUCUUCCUGCGACAGCGCCUCCAAGGCUGCUGCAAGCUUCCUUAAUAGACUGAACGUUGAUGAUAUUAGCACAAGUCCGCUGGCUGUACAAAAAAGCUACUACAUCAACAAACAGGGCUCGACUGGUAACAAAAAGUUCAUCGUUAGCAGUGUAAGCAGCGAACCAACCGAAAGUAUUAACGUAACUAGUACCAACGUUAACUCCUCUACACUAACCGUAAACUCAUCGGACAUUGUGUCUUCAGCAUGCACAAACGGACCGUAAAUCAGUGAGAUAUUGUUUGUUUGCACAAUAAAUUAAGUUAAUAAUUAAUCAGAGGAGGAUUUCUAAACUUGUUUUUAGUUUUCUCCAUUCGUAUUUUGCCCUCGAUAUUACACAAGUAGUUGGCUAGAAAGUACUAGGAUUAUAGAGAAAAAAGUUCGAUGUUAAGUUGACAUAGAUAUAUUUGCCCGCCAUCAUUUAUUGUUAUCAACUCAUUUUUGUAGAGUUUAGUUAUCCCUUCUAAUUCAUGUCAUAGUCCAUUUACUGUAAAUUUAUUUUGUCUAUAAGUCAGACUGCGCGUAUUUGGCAGUCAUUUCAUUUCACUUUCAUUUAGUAGUUAUACUGUUAUUUUUAAGUCUGUAAUGUAUGUAUAUGUAUAUAAAUUAUAAUAAUUUAUGUAAACAAAAAGUGGAUUUCACUAAUUAAUGAUAUGAAGAAAAUUGUUUCUUUUUUGUUUGGUUUAUAUUUGAUAUCUGAUUUAUGAAUAUAUUUAUUAAUUUACGUCACACCCUGAUUAACAAUAUGUGAUUGUUUUUGUAAAAUAAACUAAAUGAUCAAUCGCACAUUGGUUAGUUGGUUUUUGGUUAGAGGAAAGAUUUCGACUGAAUGGAUCCGUUAUGACGAAUACUUAAGUUAAUUCUAUUAUUAUCUUCGGACUUGUUAUUAACGUGUAGCUCUUAUAACAAUUUUGGUUUAUACUUUCGAGUUGAAAAAAGUUAAAAAAAAGUUGCGAUAUUUGCAGAAUAUGACACUUUAAAUAUGUUAGAGGAUUAUGCGUAAAGUAUCCCUUGAGUUACUGUUUGUAACUUUUAAGAACUAAUAAAUUAAAAACAAUUAUAAAUUCAAUAAAAUAUGUGUACUUUAUUUUAUAAAGAAUUUGCAAUAUCAUGGUAUACAUGUAAACGUGGUAUAAAUAUACAUAUUUCUAUAAAAUAUACACUAUCAUUAAUUUUUAUACCAAAAAGGUUUUUUUUUUGUUUUUGAGAAUCACAAGUGUUUUUCAUGUUUCAAUUUCAAGUAACAACAUUCGAGACUGUUUAUAGAGAAAGAGCGUAUACUAUGAAAGCUGUAGGCCCAACAAUUUAAGGAACAUGGGAGUAAAAAAAGAUAAACUAAUAGUAUAUCUAAGUAAAAAAUAAAAUAAUGUUUAUGCUCUACUGAGAACUUAUUGCACUAAAUUUGGAUUAAAUAUUUAAGAAAUUGCAUGCGGAUUUUCGACUUUACAAUCAAAUUGUCUCAGACACAAAUUAUUCAUAAUUUUUUUUAUCAAAAGUCACUACGUUGCUUUAGCUGCAUUUCUCGAAAUCCAUAGCUGUAUUUUAUACUCUAUACCUUAUCAUAUGUAAUCUCAUAAUACUUUUACUUUUUCUUGGGGAUAAUAUUUUGUAUAAAUACGAAAUUAAAUACUAAAAUGGAAUGUCACUG